AAAAAAGCAGUUACGGCAACAAACCCAUCCAAAAUUACGCCAGCUAAUCUAUCAGAAACGCGGCAGAGAGUUGACACGAAGGAAACAAAGCAAGGCACCAUGACAACGAGCGUCCUUAGCGAGAGGCAGCGUGAUGAACUACACAAGGCCAUUUUGGACUAUUUGAGCGCUAGCGGAUUCACAGAGUCAUUUCACACACUCAGGAACGAAACCAUGAAUCAGGACUUCACCCCAGGUCCCAAGCAAAAGUCGGCAGGGCUUUUAGAAAAGAAAUGGACCUCUGUCAUCCGUCUUCAGAAAAAGAUUAUGGAUUUGGAGAACAAGAUGUCUGCGAUGCAGGAGGAGCUAAGCAACGCGCCAGUUAGAAAAGUAACAAGCUCAGUAGACUGGAUUCCUCGACCGCCCGAACGCUAUACGCUGACAGGCCACCGCAGUCCCAUCACACGCGUGGCCUUCCAUCCUGUCUUCUCUAUCAUUGCCUCUGCAUCUGAGGAUACUACAAUACGAAUCUCUGACUACGAGACUGGCGAGUACGAACGGACACUCAAAGGACAUACCAAAGCUGUCCAGGACCUUGCAUUUGACACCAAGGGCAAUUUUUUGGUGUCCUGCUCUAACGAUCUGAGUAUCAAGAUCUGGGACCUUCAACAGGACUACAAAUGCGUCAAGACCCUGUUUGGACACGAUCACAGUGUGUCCUCUGUGGCCUUCCUACCAUCUGGUGACAUGAUUGCAUCGGCCUCGCGCGAUAAAACUAUCAAGCUGUGGGAGGUCGCCACUGGUUAUUGUACCAAGACCAUCGCAGGACAUUUGGAAUGGGUGCGAUUCAUUCAACCAAGCCAAGACGGACGGCUUCUUGUAAGCUGCUCCAGUGAUCAGACUGCCCGUGUUUGGGAUGUUUCUAACGGCGAAUGCAAAAGCGAAUUCAGAGGACACGACAACGUAGUAGAGUGUGCUGCCUUUGCGCCCAUCGCAUCAUACCCGUUCAUCAAGGAGUUGAUCGGUAUUGAUCCAAAAGUUAGUGCCAAGGAGCAGCCCUCCCCUGGUCAGUACACGGCAACAGGAUCAAGGGACAAGACCAUCAAACUCUGGGAUGCGACAGGACAGUGCAUCCAUACCCUGAUCGGUCACGACAAUUGGGUUCGAGGACUCGCAUUCCAUCCCUCUGGAAAAUUCCUAUUGAGUGCGUCAGACGACAAGACAAUCAAGAUCUGGGAUUUGAAAUCAGGGCGCUGCAUGAAGACGAUGGAGGCGCAUCAGCAUUUCGUGACAUGCAUUGCUUUCAAUACGACCAGCCCCGUGGUAGCCACGGGAUCUGUAGAUCAGACUGUGAAACUAUGGCAAUGUCGCUGAUGGAUGUCGCUCAGAUGUUCUCUCUAAUAAAGCAUUCGCUUUGGUUUCGCUUGUGAGCAUCGUGC